AUGGAUCAAGUAUACUCAGAGAUAGAGGCAAUACAAACAAAACUCAACGAAUUGUUCUAUCGAUAUGCGCUAUCACAACAUGUCAAAACAGAGUGCCUUAGUCUGAUCAAACAAUUACAGCUUGUGAUGGACUCUGGAUCCAUGCCCGAGCAAAUUAAAGGCAUGGGGAAUAAGCUUUUGGGCUUUUACGAUCAUCUCAAGUCUGGUCGACCGUUUCUCACUCCUGACCAAAAGAUGUGCUGGAUAUUUUCAAAGCAAACUGAUUUUUAUUACCCAUUUGAUGAACAAGUAAGCCUUAUCGUUGCCCCGGGUUCAACUAAUUCGCUUAUUCUUAGUACGGAUGGAAUUGAGGACCUGUACCAGGAAUCACUAGCAAACUGCUCCUUUGUGUCAUCCUUGAUAACAGCGGCCAGCCAUGGAUUUGACCUCCUGUCAUUGGUUCAUACAGAUAGCAAUACCUCAAGAUUCGCAGUGACACUACGAUUCAAUGGAUGCAAAAGAGUGGUGUGGACAGAUUCUUCACUUCCGGGUGAUCAAUCCAGAUACGUGAAAAGCUCGACGAAUCCGGAGCUUCUGUGGCCUGCAAUCGUGGAAAAAGCAUACCUCCAGAUCCAUAAUGCUUCUCACUUAUCAGACUUCAGGGGUUCCAAUAUCGGCAUUGAUACGUUUAUUCUUACAGGCUACGUUCCCGAGUAUGUGGAAAUUGACGAUCUCACGAGAAAUAAGAUGGAACAAAUUGCUCGAAAACACAACAGUGGAGAGCUUGUGUUGGGUUUAGGGACUUCCAAUCUUUCUGCAGAAGAGUGUCGCCGCUUCAAUCUUGCUCCUAAUCAUGAUUAUUCGGUUCUGGGCAUCGAAAAGGACGAUUCAGCGCAGUAUGGCUAUAAGUUACACUUGAGAAACCCAUGGAAUCUUGCGAGACGCGACAUUGAAGUGUCAGAUCUUUACCCGUUUAACGUCCUCUAUCUCAAUUGGAAGCUAAAUAAUUUUUCGAAGAUCACCAAGCAUGUGGUAUACAAGGACGCAUUGGGAGCGAUUGAGUACCCACAAUUUUGCUUACAAAAUCACAACCACCCCAGCACGGUCUAUGUUCUUUUUGAGCGCCAUUUGAACCAGCAAGAGACAUAUUUGCGUGCCGAGUGGUUUGAUACACAAGGCGAAAAACUCUGGACGCUGACAGACGCAAAACGGAUAGCAAAAAGUCCGACCAACAAAUCACGUUUUGUAUUGUCAAGACUUCAUCUCAACCCAGGUCAACGAGCGACUGGCGUGCUUAUUGCAAACAGUACGUUUCCAACAAGAUACUCUGUGCAUUUUUUUUCGGAGCACGAGUUAACGGUAGGAAGACCAUCAUUCAAGUACAAACAUAUCCAGGAAGUAUCGGAUCAAUGGACGCCCAUGACAGCUGGUGGCAGCUGGUUGUAUCCCACUUACAUUGACAAUCCACAAUUCGAGAUUACUGGUGCAGAUGGUAAGACCGAAAUUGGUCUUUUUUCUAACAGCGUAGCUAAUGUCCUGCUAUUUGAGACUUCAGACAGAUUUGUCACAAAGUUCGACGAAAAAACCCUUGUGGGCGGCCAACGACUCGAAUACGACCAGUCAGGAUUCAUCUUCAAAACCAGGCUCAACCCAAAGGCAAGAUACAUCGCAAUAGUAUCAACCAAGGACCCUUCAACCCUCGGCCCAUUCAAAUUAAUCGUCAAUAGCGAAGGCCCGCUGACUAUGACUAGACUAUCCACAAGCCUGGGACUUUUCACGCAAUCGAAAACCUUUCAAGAUUCAGAAAACUGCGAACACCAGUUUACGGUCCUGAAACCUUCCCGCGUUACAAUAAGAAUCAGGAGCCACGCUGCAUUCGACUUUUCAAUCCAAUCUCCUAAUUUCCGUAAGGAAUGCAAAAAUGUCAGCGAAAAAUACGGCUACUUUGUUCAUUUUCCCACCUUUCAGCCUGGAAUAUAUACAAUCUGCAUCAGGCUAUCGCAGAAAGGCCCGUGUACUGUGGAUCUGGGCAGCUCUCACAGGUUGGCGUGA